AUGGCUUUCAACAGAAUCUCGUCGUUUGGGUCCAAUGACAGUGGCUAUGAGAGCGGAGGCAAUGUUGAGGUCUUUGACGACCCUCAACGACCCGUACUCAAGAACUCUGAUCAUGCAAAGGAAGUUGCCCGUCGUCGACAGCACCUCAUGGCUUCUGAACUCUCCCGACUUGAUGCCGAAGAGUACCAGGAUGAUAUUUUGGAGCAUAUGUUGAAGAUGGAUCUCGAGACCAUGCCAGAUGUCGACUCGAUCGAUAUCCAAACUGAGAUUCAAUGGUUCAUGAGACCGUAUCUACUGGAUUUUCUUGUCGAGGCUCACUCUGCGUUCCAGCUCUUGCCUGAGACCUUGUUCCUUACCAUUAACCUUCUCGAUCGAUACUGCUCCAAGAGAGUUGUUUAUAAACGCCACUACCAGCUGGUCGGAUGUGCUGCUCUGUUAAUUGCUGCCAAGUACGGCGAUAAUAAGGAAAAGGUCCCCACCAUCAAGGAGCUUAAAGCUAUGUGUUGUGCGCUUUACGACGAGGAUAUGCUCCUUCAGAUGCAGUCCCAUGUUCUGUCUACUCUCGGUUGGGCAAUUGGUCAUCCCACUGUGGAUUCAUUCAUGCGUCUCGUUGUUAAGGACAACGUCUACGAUCCUGAAACCGAAAACCUGACUCUCUACAUCUUGGAAAUUGCUCUUUACCAUAGAGAGUUUGUCUCCAAGAGAUCGUCUACUCUCGCACUCUCGGCCCUCGUUCUCGCACGUCAUGUACUUGGACGCCCACAAGCUCGGGCUUCUGAAUUUGGCUCCCAAUUCUGCAGUACUACCGUCAAUGAGUUAUUGCAAAAAGUCAGUCAACCGUCAAGUAUUUUGUCUCGGAAAUAUGCUUCUGCUCGGUACUCGAACGUCACGAAAAUUCUGAGCUCCUUUUUUGCACAGAAAGCGGCCCUGUCUGCUGCUGCUGCUGCUGCUCGCACUCCAGUCACUCCCACUCAUGAGCUUACACCACUUGUGUCCCACGUCAAGCAAGUGAGUGGAGAGUACUUCCACAAUUUUGCCACGCCGCAAAAGACCCAGUUUCCCUCCAUAAUCCAACAUGGUCUUUACACACCUCCUAUUACCCCGGAAAAUGAAAUGUUCGGCGCGACCCAGAAAACCUUCAAUGCCCCAAACCAGUAUGUGCCUCCUACGCCAACACCUAAUGCAGUGGAGUCACAGUUCCCCCACCAAUACACCUCGUCUGCGAAACAAUGGAACGAAACCUAUUGA